AUGGGCAGCACACACAUGAACGGCACAAAAUGGUCACCCUCAUCCUGGAAAUCAAAGCCUAUCGUUCAAGGGGUCGAAUAUGAUGAUCAGAAGGCCUUCGACGGCGCCAUAACGAAACUGAGUAAACUCCCUCCACUAGUCACGCCGCUGGAAAUCGUCAAAUUAAAGAACGAACUUCGCGAAGUCGCCCUAGGCAAUGCAUUCCUUCUGCAAGGCGGCGACUGUGCCGAGCUAUUCGAUUACUGCACUCAGGACAUGAUCGAGGCCAAAGUCAAGCUCCUGCUUCAGAUGUCCCUAGUCCUGAUCUACGGCGGCAAGAAGAAAGUUGUGCGAAUAGCGCGGAUGGCAGGGCAAUUUGCGAAGCCUCGGUCGUCACCCAUGGAGACUGUCAAUGGAGUACAGAUGAAUUCGUUUCGUGGCGAUAUUCUCAAUAGCUACGAGCCCGACGUCAAAUUGCGCACGCCGCACCCGUCCAGAUUAGUAGAUGCUUACAUGCACUCCGCUGCCACUCUGAACUACCUCCGGGCGGCCCUUGGCUCUGGACUCGCAGACCUACAUGCUCCACUUGACUGGUCAUUAGGCCACGUACUCGACUCAAGUGUUCGAGCCAAAUACCAGAGACUCGUCUCUUCGAUCCAAGACACCCUCGAUAUGCUACGCACUAUUGGCCUCGACUCUGCACGCAACCUCGAGACCGUUGACCUCUUCACAUCCCACGAAGGGCUCCUACUCGGAUACGAACAAGCCCUGACUCGCGCCUUCCGGCUACCUCCCAGUACACUUACCUCAGCUACCUCACGGCAUCACAGCCACAACCGACGCGCUUCCACUUCCGCUUCCACACCCACAACCUACUACGCCACCUCCGCCCACUUCCUCUGGAUCGGUGACCGCACGCGUCAACUCACCCACGCACACACGGAGUUCUUCCGUGGCAUCGCCAACCCAAUCGGCGUCAAAGUCGGUCCUUCAAUGCCUGCUUCCGAUCUGAUUCCUCUGCUCGACAUCCUCAACCCGACGCGAGAAGUCGGCAAAAUCGUCCUCAUCACCCGUUACGGAGCGCCACUAAUCGCAAAACACCUCCCCGACCAUAUACGCGCCGUUCAAGCCUCGCCCCACGCCGGCACAGUAGUCUGGCAGUGCGACCCCAUGCACGGAAACGGAAGAAAUGCUACCAGCGAAACGUCAGGACAGACUUUCAAGACGCGUCGAUUCAGCGAUAUCCUCUCGGAGCUGCAGCAAGCACUGCAAAUUCAUCGCUCGCUUGGCAGCUAUCUAGGUGGCGUGCACCUCGAGCUGACUGGCGAAGCGGUCACGGAAUGCGUUGGUGGAGCAGAAGGCUUGACGGAGGAGCAUCUGAACACCAACUAUACUACCUUCUGUGAUCCAAGGUUGAAUGAGAAGCAGGCGCUAGAACUGGCGUUCUUGGUUGCGGGAUUUCUGCGGGAAGAGUACGAGGAGGGCUCUGAUGGGGACGCGUCGUAA